AUGAACUGGGAAGAGCCCAGUCCAGCCUAGCCUGUUGACCUGGAUUUGGAAGGUCACAGCCACUCUCCCCCUCUGAACACACUGUCCCGCUGGUGUGGCUGAGGAGCAGGCCCGAUCCUGAAAGGGCUAGAGGGAGGGAGGAGCAGUGGAGGGAGACACUGAUGGGGAAAGGAGGGAGGGAGAACACAGAAGGGAAAAGCAAGUCAGAAAAGAAAGAAUCCAGAGGGGAACUGGGGAGAGCGCUAGAAAGCGGCACUAGGGAUACCCGAGCGCUGGCACAGACUGGAGGAGAGGUGCCGGGGCAGAGACAGCGUGGAGGAAGAGAAAAGGGGGCGGAGGAAGGAGCUGUGGGGGUAGAUUGUCCAGCUGCUCUGCUAUCCAGCCCUAGCUCCUGAUGCCCAGGCUGCAGGUCUCCAGAGCAGCCCCGGGCGAGGCUAGGAACUGACCCUCUGCGGUUUGACGGCGUCUUCUAACUGCAGCGCAAAGCCUGCGCCCCACCGCCACAGGGAGCGGCAGGAUGCCGCCCUGGGCCCGAGCCCUCGCCCGGCUGGAGGGUUGGCCUGCUAUGGAAUGUGAUGAGAAGCUGGUCCGGUUCCGACAGGCCCACCUCAACCCCUUCAACAAGCAGCCGGGGCAAGGCCAGCAUGACCAGGAGGCUGGGGACGACCUUUCUUGUCGAGACUCGCUGCUGGGGCUGUCCCACGGGGACCCCGGGUUCCAGUGCUCAGAGCGCGUGAUGGACCUGGGGCUGGCGGAGGACCACUUCUCCCGCCCUGUGGGCUUGUUCCUGGCCUCAGACAUCCAGCAGCUGCGGCAGGCGAUCGAGGAGUGCAAGCAGGUGAUCCUGGAGCUCCCUGAGCACUCGGAGAGGCAGAAAGACGCUGUGGUCAGGCUCAUCCACCUGCGCCUGAAACUCCAGGAGCUGAAGGACCCCAGCGAAGACGAGCCCAACAUCCGGGUGCUCCUGGAACAUCGCUUCUACAAGGAGAAGAGUAAGAGCGUCAAGCAGACGUGUGACAAGUGCAACGCCAUCAUCUGGGGCCUGAUUCAGACCUGGUACACCUGCACAGGCUGUUACUAUCGGUGUCACAGCAAGUGCCUGAACCUUAUCACCAAGCCCUGCGUGAGGUCCAAGGUCAGCCACCAGGCUGAGUACGAGCUGAGCAUCUGCCCCGAGACAGGCCUGGACAGCCAGGAUUACCGCUGUGCAGAGUGCCGGGCGCCCGUCUCCCUCCGGGGCGUGCCCAGCGAGGCCAGGCAGUGUGAUUACACUGGCCUGUACUACUGCGGUAACUGCCACUGGAAUGAUCUGGCCAUCAUCCCGGCCCGUGUCAUCCACAACUGGGACUUCGAACCCCGCAAGGUCUCCCGCUGCAGCAUGCGUUACCUUGCCCUGAUGGUGUCGCGGCCGGUGCUCAAGCUGCGGGAAAUCAACCCCCUUCUCUUUAACUAUGUGGAGGAGCUGGUGGAGAUCCGGAAACUGCGCCAGGAUAUCCUGCUCAUGAAGCCCUACUUCAUCACCUGCAAAGAGGCCAUGGAGGCUCGUCUGCUGCUCCAGCUGCAGGACCGGCAGCACUUUGUGGAGAACGACGAGAUGUACUCGCUGCAGGACCUGGUCGACAUCCAGGCUGGGCGCCUCAGCUGCUCCUUAGCGGAGAUCCACACCCUCUUCGCCAAGCACAUCAAGCUGGACUGCGAGCGGUGCCAGGCAAAGGGCUUUGUGUGUGAGCUCUGCAAAGAAGGGGACGUGCUCUUCCCGUUCGACAGCCACACGUCGGUGUGCAGGGACUGCUCUGCUGUCUUCCACAGGGAUUGCUACUAUGACAAUUCGACCACGUGCCCCAGGUGUGCCCGGCUCAGCCUGAGGAAGCAGUCGCUCUUCCGAGGUCCCAGUGCAGAGGAGCAGGCCUAGGGUCCCCCAGCGCCCCCCAGACCUUGGCACCAAAGAACAUUGGCGAGAACUGGGCGUUCGAGGGGCGCAGCUGCAGUGCUGGGGCUCCCUGUAGCUGCGAGAUCUGAACUAGCUGCCACCGGGGGUGGACCCAGGCAGGGAACAAGGUGUUGCACAGGCCCGAGCGGGCGCUUUGCCCUGGGACUCCGGGACCAGCCCAGCACGCUGCCUGUUGCUGGGAGUUGGUGCCGGGAGGCAGCUCCGCAGGUUCUGAAUCCAGCUCUGACAACUUGCUGGGGCUGGGGCUGUGUGCAAUGGGGUGGCAGGCGCCGCUGGGGGCCUCUCGCUGUCCCACAGCAAGCGCUGGGGUCUGCAGCGCUGCCAGCCGCCCUGCCUCUAGCUGCUCUGUCUACAGCUGUGCAAUGAAGCAGGGCACAUGCCCUGGCAUGCGGCAGGUGUUACCAGGGGUGACCGUGCACAAAUCCCUGGUGAAAGGAGGGGCCUGGUGUCCCCGAGACACUAACAAAGGGGGACUUGUGCACCCUCCCUGAAAGAGAUCAGCCUGGAGCAGGGGCUUUCCAGGGCGCCGCUACUUGCUGGUGAUUUGCCCCCGGCCUGUGCUGAGUGUUGCAUUCCCUGCUGCUGAUGCUUGCUGGCCUGGGCCGAGGGCGGAGAGGAGGGAGGUGGCUGUGGUAGGGAAGAGCCGCUGUGUGCAGCAGCCAGUUCUCCUCCCACGCUGAUCACGGCUCUAACCCCUCCUUUGGAGAAGCCCAUGUCUAACACUGCCUCUGCGCCCCAGCAAGCCGCCUGGCAUGGGUCGGCGUGCCAGCCUCCACUGGCGCCACAGCGCUCCCUCUGCCAGCUGCUCGGAGCUCUCGGGGUGGUGCAUUCACGUCUAAAGGGCCACGUUGGUUUAGCUUCAGGCGUGGGCCCAGGGAGCCUCCCCUCCAGGUGUCUGGCCGUGGCCCAGCUGGCGAGGGGCCUGUGUGCAAGGAUGUGAGACUCAGGCUGGUCCCUUGGGGACAAGUGUCCACAUCAUGGCCCUGUCCUCACUGGCAUUACUCAGCCCCGGCUGGGCCAUCAAGCUGGCAUGUCUCUCUCCUGUCCCCAGGCUCUGCAGGGCCGAAGUGAGGCACAGAGGCUGGGAGGAACCGGUGCGUGCUGGUAGAAUGGUUCGUGCUCGGUUCUCAGCCUUGCUAGGCUGAACUCGCUGGCUCCCCUGGAGCCUAUACCCUCUGCUGAGAGAGGACGCGAAUGCUAUGGCCUGCAGGCUGGAGCUUGUUGCUUCUUGCUCAAAGCCUGCCAGCAUCUGGCGCUGGCUCCUUCCAGCUCCCCACAAAUGCGAGUGGCACCUCUCAGAGAGAGAGACUCGCAGAAAUGAGUGUGGAGCUGAUGUAAAGCUACUCAUUACCUGGCCUUUCCAUGGACCCUCCUGUGCUGUUCAGAGGCCAAGGCCUCAGGUUGGAGUCUAGCUGCUUUAGUCUUGUAUUUAUUUCUGUGCCCAGCCCGGCAGUGCCCAGAGCAGGAUCAGCAUCUUUCCUCGGCGUUGGGAGCGUAGGGCUUGCACUCUGCGUGGUACUGGAGACACCCUGCUGGCUCCAUACCACUGACUGCUGCAGGAGUGAAGAGUGGCACCGGCCUCCCCCACCACCUUGCUUGAGCCGCAGGGCCAGUGGCAGACAGAGGGAUCCAAACCUGGCCCUUACACGUAGCUGUAACUGAACUGGCUGCCAGCCCCCAUCUCCCGCAGUGCGGCUGCCGCUCUCCCUUGCCAGGGCCAGGAAAGGCAGGAGAUGUUCAGAGUCAUCCCUUUAAAUAAAAAAAGUACAUGGGAUGGGCACCUUGAGCAUUGAACUCUAAGCCAGCCCCGUCCCCCCGGGGCCCCUUUUGAGUGGUACGUCCUGGAAUUAAACAAUGCACGGAGGGGGGGCUGCUGCUGCUGCUUUACGCAGGGUGUUUGGGUGAAACAGAGCACCAGGGCCUUUCCCCCCCCCCCCCCCCCGCCUCUUGCCUCAUCUGUCUUGUUGCUGCUGUUACUGGGAUAGAUUGGGGGGGGCUAGGAGCCGGCUGGGGUCUGUCUCCCCAAGCCGCAGUCACACCUCCCCACUGCAGGGUAGCCGUUGGGGUUUCAGUAGUGGGUAUUUUGAACAAGCAGAACCAAGGACUUGCGGCUGCUGGGCCCGGCAAGGGGGGUCGCAGGCUUUGGGCAGUGACAGUCCGACAGAGCUCGUGAGUGACAGCUCAGGGAUGAGCACUGAUCCCUUUAGUCUUCCUUUUUCGACAACAGGGGGAGCAGGGCUGCAGGCUCUGGGCAGGGCCGAGCCCCUCCAUCCCUGGGGGAAGUGGGAACUAGCGGGCAGGGCCAAGCCGCCCCGUCCCUGGGGGAAGUGGGAAUUAGCAGGCUUUGUUCUAAUUUGUCGGUUCUGCUCCCGCCACCCCAGCUGGUGCUGUGCUCAGCUGGUCUGCGUGGGGCUCUCGCAUCCCUGGGGGAGGGGCUGUGUAUGAAACGCCCUGGAUAGCAAGUGAAACACACAUUAUCUCUUUGUAACCCGCUUGCCUGAUUUCCCAGAGGACACUUUUCACCUGCUGGGCCAUUUCCACUCCCUUUGGAUAAGGGACUUUCUUCUAGUCCCAGUGCUAAGGGCAGCUGAAGCUAGCAGAGGCCCUGAACUCUUGCCUAGAGCUGGAGUCUGAUCAAAGGGGAUUGGAAUGGAAACACCACCUCUGCUGAACGGGGUGUGAGCAGUCAGACCCCUCUGGGAACCAAGAUGGGCCAAAGGUAGCACCCCUUCCCCCCUUAGCCAGUGUAGUGCGUGGAGGGCCAUUAUUGCCAGUUUCCAUAGUGCCUCUGACCUCUUCCUCUGCUUGGAUCAUAGUGUUUGCUAUUAGCAAACACUGGGUUUAUUACUAGGCUUCUGUUAACCCCCACACUCUGUUUUCACUUGCUUAUUUCAUUUCUUUCCCAAUAGUUCUCCUCAGAUGAAACUUUUCCUACCCCCUGCCCGCAUCCCGCCCCUAGGGCUGUUACACAUUGAAACCCUCCCACUUCACACUAGCAUGGACUCAGCCUCUGGGUGCGAUGCUGCUGGUUCCCCUUUGCAGUGCGGAUGUUGGAUACUCGGGGUCUGGUGUAGUUGUCAUGGCCCAAGCCCUUAAACUCUAACUCCCUUUUCAGGUGUUUUUAACUUUCACCUGCUAGGCUGAAAUGUCCCUGUCCUGGGCUCUGACCAGAGGCGAGCGCUUGGAGAAAGGGUCUGCGACAGCAGUUCUACCUCUCCGGAGAAAGCUGGCCCUUGUCUCUUCGUUAAAAGAAACCACUACAUGUCUGGGACACUGAAAAGUGAGCUGCUGCCUCAGCCUUCUCUUACUGGGUUUCUGUUUAAUGGCGAUUCUGCCAGGGAGGGUGUGCACGGCUUGAACACUAGUGUGAGCACUUUAAUUCCUGUACAGCCCUGUACGUUGGUUCUAUUUGAGUAGAAAUAACAAACCUUGCUACAGAAUCCUUGUUUACCCUGUAAGUCCCUGACUUACAGGUGGAUCUUUUUCUUGGUUUCUAGAAACACUUUGCCUGUGUGGGUGAGAGAGUGAGAUGGCAGGCUCCAGGCAGGCAGGGGGGAUGAUGGUUGUGAAGCUGGGGUGAGGUGGUUGGUUUUUUUUAAAUUUAGUUCCUAAUCUUGCAGUGACAAAGUCUGAAGAAGAAAGUGUUCUCCUGGCCCCCUCCCCCAGUUCAGGGGGCAGGACUAGCAGGGCGAGCCUGUUUUCUACUCCUGCCUAGUCACCAGAGCCUGGGUUUAAAUGAGCGGGGCAUGGAAGAACACUUGCUGAACCUGCUGUUCCACACGCUUGCAGAAGCCUGACAAGCAGCAUAUGCCACAGGUGUGGCCACAUGUGCUAGCCGGUGGCAGGAUGGGCAGCCCAGGGGGAAGGGUGCAAUUCCCACCUGUUCUUCCAUGGUAUCUUGUAUAAACUUCUGGCAGUCGGGUUAUUAGACCCAGCGGUGUUGCACCUGUGACAAGAGACAGUCUCGGUCCCUAGGCCAGCUGCUCCAUGGUCUUUAUUAAAUGCACCUUGGAAAGAGUGAAUGCAGCAGCUACUGUGUUGCACCUGAGCCCCAGACAAAUCUGUGUUCAUGCAUUGUUACCAGACCCUAGGAGUCUGUAACUUCGGGGGUGCUUCAGCUAGCAUAAACCACCAAUGUGAAAGAUACCACAGACAGAACAGAUGGCAUGAUCCUGCCUGUACCUGGAAGGGUAAAGAUAGGGGAAGAGGCUAUGUCUGCAUGGCAGCUGGGAGCGUACCUCAAGUUCUGCUUACCAGGCUAAAAAGAGCAGUGUGAAUGUUGUGGCAUGGGCUAGCCACAUGAGUACAAGCCCAUCUGCCCUCCUUGCAGCUCUGAGCUCAUGGGGUAGGCCGGGGUUGGCAACCUUUGGCACCUGGCCCGUCAGGGUAAAGCCGCUGGUGGGCCAGUUUGUUUAUCUGGAGCGUCUGCAGGCACAGAGCCCCGCAGCUCCCACUGGCCGCGGUUCGCCGUUCCUGCGGGAAGUGGCGCAGGCCGAGGGACGUGCCGGCCACGGCUUCCCACAGCACUCAUCGACCAGGAACGACGAACCGCGGCCAGUGGGAGCUGCGGGGCUCCAUGCCUGGGGACUCUCCAGAUAAACCGGCCUGGCCUGCCAGUGGCUUUACCCUGACGAGCCAGGUAUCAAAGGUUGCCGACCCCUGGGCUAGGCCAUGCCACACUACUAUCUUUAGCCGGAAGCUCAAGCAGAGCUAGUGUGUGUCUGUAUAUCGAGCAUGGGAGGCAUGUUUCCAGCUCCACUGUGAACAUACCCUUGUAUCCUGCAGUCUGAUUCCUUGCCAUGCCUGCCCUCCUGCCAAGGGUUCACUUCUUAAUGAGAACAAACCUGGUUAGUUGACACAGCUGCCCUGUAACCUGCACAGCAAGGGAGGACAGAACCAGGACCAAGAGUUUGCAGCAGUGAUGUCUCCGCCAUCCAAAAGUGGAAACAGUGAAUGACAAAAACAAAACCUCCUGGAAAGUUUCCCUGUGGUUACUCCACAACUUGGUGACUGUAGGAAGGGGGAGGAAUGGGGGAUAGUAGCACAGGAAUCUAACGUACAAUGGUAUUGAUUCAAUAAACCGCUGUAUUUGAUCAUUUUAA